UUGAAAGUUGUGGAGCAUGAGGAGUCUGGCUUGUCACUUUCGCGGAAAUUACUUUUGAUAAUAAUCGAUUGCUUAAUAAGGCUGGUGUUCUGACAAUCCAAAAACCAGUGAUCGAAUACUUAGUUCAAACGUUCUAUGCAGUUUCUGAAACGAUGGAAGGGAGAUGAAUAUGGCUUUAAUCAACUUUAAUGGUUUCCGAUCCCAUGUUUAUUUCUUCACAAAUGCCUGCAGAAGAGGUCUAAGCCGAAGUAAAACAAUAGCAAGUGUGAAAAACCCCAAAGCAUUUGUACACACAAUAUGCUGCAGUGACUACACCAACAGGAAUGCAAGGACUUUAGUUCCAUUAUUGCAUAGAAGAUAUUCUAUCAGUAACGCUGUUGUUUUUUAUCUACAGCAUAAUGUGACAGGUUGUUCUGUGCGCCACCAUGGAGACACUGGAAGCAGUUUUGACCAGAGUCAGAAUGCUGUAGAUCACAUAAGAUUUUUAGAAGACCUCAAUAAGCUUAGCUCAUGCAAGCAAAUAUUUAACUUAUUGGCAUCAAUGGAACAUAUGACUGGCCCCAUGAUAUCUGCAGCUUUGCUUAGAAUUGCCCAUCUGGAAACACAAGAUGGUGUCCUGUUAAAUCCCAAUGAUGUGUUUGAAAGUGCUGUUUUUAAAUCUAUAUGUGUACAACUCGAGGAAGAUUCUCAAAAACUAUCUACAACUUGCUUGGUGAAUACACUGAAAGGGCUUGUUCAACUGCGAGUAGACCCUUGGAGUACCUUGAUGGUCAGAUUGAUGUCUGAAAGCCAGGAACGAGUUGACAAUGGAGAGAUGAACAUACAGGAUCUUUGCAUCCUUGGUGAAAGUGUAUUAGAAAUUGAAGGACCUGGAUGUGCUAUGGUACAGCCUAUCAUUGAUCAAAUACAAAUGAAGACAGUUAAGGAAUGGACACCUGAAGAAAUAGCAAUGGUUUAUGAAUUGCUACAAGCUGGGUUGGGAGAGAGGGGACAAUACCAGGGUUUAUUAAAUGAAAUGCACAAAGCCACAAUUUCUAUAACCUCUCAAUUAAAUCCAAAAUUAAUUAGUUCUAUACUCAGUGCUUUGGUGGUUCUCAAACAAACACAAGCUCACCCACUUGUGAUAAAGCUGUGCAAAGCUUCUGUAAGAUAUAUACCAUAUUUCACAGAUGAAGAACUUGUUAAAGUGUUAGUGGCCUUGACUAAUUUUGAACACAGUGACCGAUACUUUACUGAAGCCUUUGAGAGACAUGUUUCCAAAAUGGCCUUUAAAAUGUCACCUGAAGUUAUUUGUAGUGCAAUGCAGUACUGCAGCAAAAAGCUAAUCCUUUCCACACCCAUUUUUGAUGCUGUAGCAGAAAGCUUUGUGUAUAAUUCAGAAAAGUUCACCACACUACAGAUAACCCAACAGAUUGUGCCAUUUGGGAAGUUGAAUUAUGUUCCACCUAAUGCUGCUUCACUCUUUAGAAAGCUUGAAAAGAUUCUGAGCAGUCGAUUUUCCCAGUUUCAGCCUCGUACCUUACUUAAUUUACUGCACUCGUGCACUCUUUUAGAGCGGUUCCCUGUCAAUUUCGUGGCAAAGAUAUUCAAUCCUUAUUUUCUGCAACAGCUGCAAGACCACUCGGGGAAUUUGGAUAAAUUUGUGCUAUCUCAGCUGACCCAGCUAUUUCUUACUGUUACAUUGGAAUGCCCUUUUUAUGAGGGUCCCAUGCUUCUUAAUAAAUACAGACUGAAGACAUUUUCCUCUGCUGGCCAUUCACUCGAAACUCCAGUUGAUAUUCCUCUUUACAACAGAGUGAAGUCGGGACUGGUCGAUCUACUAGGGGCAAGAAUGUACUUUGCAUCUCAUGUGUUAUCUCCUUACUGUUACACUUUAGAUGUAGAAAUCAAGUUGGAUGAGGAAGGAUUUGUGUUACCAGCUUUCCACCAUGAAGAAGUUUAUAAGAGAAUUGCCGUCUGCAUUGAUGGCCAGAAAAGAUUCUGCUUUAAUAGCCAUCAUCUUAUUGGGAAAGAAUACAUUAAACAGAGACAUUUGCGGCUACUUGGUUAUGACGUUGUGCAGAUCCCAUUUUAUGAAUUUGAUCAAUUGCAAAAUAGUGAAGAAAUUGUUGAAUAUCUUCACAACAAAAUAUUUCCUCAUAAGUACAGACUGAAUUGGUGAUACCAAGAGGUCACUGUGAGUUGUUGAAAGUUGUCGGAGAAGAUACUCAGUUUGUGUCUUAUACAAUUUGAAGAAAUUAAAACAUUUUGCUGAAUGUACUAAA